AUGGUGAUGUUUGUGGCAACAAUACUAGUGAUGCUGGUGUUUGAAGAAGUUUGUAGCAGUUCUCCUGUGAAAUGCCCUACAAGUCUCCCUCUUUCUAUUCUUCACAAGGAUUAUCAAACUGGUGACUUUAUCAUUGGAGCCAUUCUCUCUCAGAUCUACCUGUUCUCUACUCCAGCAACCUUUGAAAUAAAUCCCGCUUUUGAUGUGUUUGACAAUAUCAUUGUAAUAACGCAGAACUACCAGCAUAUGCUAGCCUUGCAAUUUGCUAUAGAGACCAUUAAUGAAAGUCCAAGGAUCUUACCUAAUGCCACGCUGGGGUUUCAUGUGUUGAACAGCAAUUUCAAGGCCAAAUGGAUGUAUCUUGCCUCACUGGAACUUCUUUCCACACGGGGCAAGUUUAUCCCUAACUACAAAUGUGAUGUGCAAACUAAUAUAGCAGCGGUUAUUGGGGGACCAAAUGCUGAUGUGUGUCCUUUCAUGGCAACCAUUUUGUGCAUCUACAAGAUUCCACAGUUGGCAUAUGGGUCCUCGCCAAUGAUGAAUGACAUAGAGCAAAGAGUUUUCCUUCGCCAGAUAUUUCCAGACAUCGAACAACAAUAUAAGGGGAUUCUCCAGCUGCUGCUCUAUUUCCAGUGGACGUGGAUUGGAGUGAUUUUAAUUGAUGAUGACAGCGGGGAGAGAUUUGCCCAAAGUGAGCUGCCCAUGUUUGCCCAGGGCGGUAUCUGCUAUGACUUCAUAGAAACAUUUCCACAAAUGAAGUUUUCAACUGAAAUCUCUGAAAUGGUGGUGGAGGGAGAGAAAACUACAAGAAUCAUUAUGGGAGGAACUGCUAAUGUGGUACUUGUACAUGGUGAAAUUCAAACUAUGGUGGUUUUAAGGGUAAUGGUCCAGAUGUUUCAAUUUGAGGAGAUCCUAGUGAAGUCAAUAGUAUGGAUUUUCAUAGCCCAGAUGGAUUUCACAUCAAUGUCUUUUCAACGAGGCUGGCCAAUUGACUUCAUCCACGGUGCACUCUCUUUUGCAGUUCACAGUGAGGAAGUGCUGGGAUUCCAUCAGUUCCUUCAGCACAGGAAGCUCACACAUAAAGAGGAAGGUGGUUUUUCGAGGGAUUUCUGGGAAGAGGCAUUUCAGUGUUCUUUCUCUAAUGCUACUGGAGAAACAAUGGCAGAAGAAAUCUGCACUGGAGAGGAGAACUUGGAGCAGCUUCCUGGGUCGAUUUUUGAAAUGAGCAUGACCAGCCACAGCUACAGCAUCUAUAAUGCUGUCCAUGUAGUGGCAGAAGCUUUGCAUGCUAUGCACUCACCUACAAUGAAGAAACGAACAGGACAAGAUAAGCAGAGACGGCGGCUUGUCAAGCAACAACCUUGGCAGGUAAACCCUCUUUCUCUGUGCAAUGCCCAUUGCAAUCCUGGUUACAGGCAGACAAAGAUUGAAGGGAAACCGUUUUGCUGCUACAGUUGCCAUCGCUGCCCAGAGGGGAAGAUUUCUCAUAUAAAGAACUUGGAUGACUGUUUUCUAUGUCCAGAGGACCAGCAUCCCAACAGGGACCAGAAUGUGUGUCUACCAAAAGAGAUCAGCUUCCUGAAAUUCGAAGAACCUUUGGGAAUCACGCUCACACUUUUUGCCCUUUUUUUAACGUUCCUCACAACUUUGGUGCUUCAUCUCUUCAUUAAACACAGGGAGACUCCAAUAGUCAAAGCCAACAACCGGAACCUCAGCUAUGUUCUCCUCCUUUCCCUCUUGCUUUCUUUCCUGAGCACUUUGCUCUUCAUCGGACAACCCACAAAGCUUAUGUGCCUUCUUCGACAAACAGCUUUCGGCAUCAUCUUCUCUGUAGCCAUUUCCUCAGUUUUGGCCAAGACCAUCAUUGUGGUCCUCGCUUUCAUGGCCACUACACGAGGAGCUGGGAUGAGAAAAUGGUCUGGGAAACACCUGGCCAGCUCCAUUGUUCUUUCCUGCUCCUUUAUUCAAGCCUUGAUUUACAGUGUGUGGUUGGUAACCACUCCACCCUUUCCAGAUGUUGACAUGUACUCCCUGACUGAAGAAAUUAUCCUGGAGUGUAAUGAAGGAUCGGUCACCCUGUUUUACAGUGUCCUGGGCUUUCUGGGCUUUCUGGCUACCAUCAGCUUCAUGGUGGCCUUCCUGGCCAGGAACCUGCCUGACAGUUUCAAUGAAGCCAAGUUUAUCACCUUCAGCAUGUUGGUCUUCUGCAGUGUCUGGGUGUCCUUUGUUCCAACAUAUUUAAGCACCAAGGGCAAAUACAUCGUGGCCGUGGAGAUCUUUUCCAUCCUGGCAUCCAGUGCUAGCUUAUUGUUCUGCAUCUUUUCCCCCAAAAUUUAUAUUCUUGUACUGAGGCCUGAACUGAACAACAGGAAACACCUAAGGAGAAAAUAA